AUGGCGGUCUUAAAGGUGACAUUCACUAAGACCAAUCGGGACAAGCUGGCCCAAGUGCUGUGGGUGCUGAACUGGGUUUCCGUGAUUACGGGCAUCAUCCUCUUCAGUCUGGGCCUCUUCUUGAAAGUGGAGAUCCAAAAGAGACGUGAACUCAUGUCUGAUGAGAUCCACUCAGUGCCCAACAUGCUAAUUGCCGUGGGCCUGGUUGCCUGUGGCAUCAACUUCCUAGGAGGUAAAAUCUGCUACGAAUGCGUGGACAUGGUAAAGUUUCUGCGCUGGAAGCUGCUACUGCUGCCCUACAUCAUAUGUACUUUUUUCUUCACCUUCUGCAUCCUGGUGGGGGCUUUGAUGUGCUAUACUAUGCGCAACAAUCUAGAGGAGUCGCUUUUCCUGGGCCUGCGGGACGCCAUGCGCUACUACAAGGACACAGACACGCCAGGCCGCUGCUACAUCAAGCGCACUGUCGACCUGCUGCAAAUCCAGUUCCAGUGCUGUGGCAAUGAUGGCUACAGAGACUGGUUCCAAAUCCAGUGGAUCAGUCAACGCUACCUGGAUGUGUCCAGCAACGAGGUGGUAGAUCGCCUGCGAAGCAAUGUGGAGGGGAAGUACCUUAUGGAUGGAGUGCCCUUCAGCUGUUGCAACCUGUACUCUCCGAGGCCUUGCAUCCAGCACCAAAUCACCAACAACUCGGCUCACUACAAUUACGACUAUCAGACAGAGGAGCUGAACCUGAACCAGAAGGGCUGCAGACAAGCUCUGCUGGAGUAUUACACCCAGAUCAUGCAAUCUAUCGGCCUAAUCGUGCUCGUCAUCUGGCUCUUUGAGCUCUCUGUACUGACGGGGGUGAGGUACCUACAGACCUCCAUGGAGAAUGUGCUAAGAUUAGGAGAUCCUGAUUCUGAGUCUGAUGGCUGGCUUCUGGAGAACAGCAUUGCUGAAACAGCCCGUUACAACUUCAACAUCAUCAAGAGCCUGGGCAAGUGCUACCAGGUAGAUGAUGACCCCAACAUUGAUGUACCGAGCACCAGCCAGCAAGCACAAGAGAACGUACCCACUCGACAAAACCCUUUGGCCAGCUAG